CCACUUAUGUCCUUAGCCUUAGGUUGAUCUGCUGGCUCAGCUUGCGCAGGCGGACUGCAACAUUCUGCAGCCAUGUCCGACUGUCGCAUGCUUGACCAGUGACGGACCUUUGCAGUAUUUCCAUAUCAGCCAGGGCCAACAACAUACUUCAUGAAACAGAAGCCUGGAGAGGAAGCUUUGUCCCUACCACUACCAGCAGUACAAUGUACUAAAAAACUCCCUAGUCCCUACCUAGUACAGUGAUAUACAAUGCUGUAUCUGCACAGUACAGUGAAUGCCCAGAAUGGUCACUAAGUCAUAACAAGUCAUACACAUCGGUAGUAGUCGUGCUGGGCUCCCGACUUGGGUGCAGCAGCGUAAAGUCGUUCAAUGCUCAGCUCCAAUCCGGACAAUUGUCGUCACCGCGCGCAGCGCGGCAUCCACGGUCAAUCGGCUGGGCCGGACGUUCGGCCAAGUGUCCAUGUCUAGUAGGAAGCGCUAGUGUAUACCAUGGUACACCUGAAUCAGGGAGUUGUGCAACAACAGUUCCCUGAAGACUGUGGCAAGUGACCAGUGGAACCUGGGCAGCGGUAUUGUGUGUGUCACCCGCACGAAAGAGUCAAGCAAGUUCGAGGCCAAAAUGCCAAGAAUAGUUGGAACACACAAGUCUGUAGUCAUCCACACCGCAUACCUAGAACAAGAAGGCCAAGGAGACGGCGAUGAAAAUAUGCAUUCAGCUGUUGCGCUGCACAGGGCGAAGCUUGCACCCUCACUCCAUGGAAGAUGCAAUGCGAAAAUCACAGUGGAUAUAUCGCACAUCAGGCCGCUAUCUUUCUCCAGUUCGUCUUUUUGUUAGUCCUCCGAUGAUAGCACGAAUUAAAGGGACGAUACCUCACCCUAAACUUCAUUAGUAUUACUCAUAAGUAUUACUGCUACGAAUAGUCCCUUUACCAUUCCUGGCACUUGUAGCGCUUUGUACGAAGUGCCUGCUGGACGCUUUCGGGGCUGAGAAAGCUGAAACUGAUCCUUCCAGACAACUGUACUGGCACCAGUAGCGCUAUUUUCUCGCCUUGUACUCAGUCAGGUGGAUGCCAGCCUGCUGGUGCAGUUUACUUGCAGAUAGUAACAAGUACUCGAGAAGGUUUGUUAUCAAUUUUCCUUGUUUCCAGUUUCUUUUAGUGGCUGAAUUGUUGCAGAAUUGAGCAGCUCUGCCUGUGUUGCAAAUCUGUGGCGGCUUUGUGGAUCACUGGUCAUUCGUUCUGCGGUGGUGUUAGCAUUCAGGACUUAUCUGCCAGGGUACCUGUCGGGUUGCACAUGGAUCCGGAAUGCAGACAGACGGGAAGUGUGUACUCUGGUCGAUGUACAUCAUUCAGAAGCACGGCAGUUUUACUUGCACUGACAGUCUGUACUCAUCUUGUUGCCUUUACACUUGCAUCUGGUGAGGCCAGCACGGACGUCAGCCAAUGCGCUCAUCGUACUCCUAACACUCCCUGGCUGAAGCCGAAGCAGUGCACAGAAUGCACAUGCCAGGAGGAUGGCAUUCUGGCCUGCAACACAGAUCUGUGCAGAACUUGCACCUCGGCUGGUGUCAACAGUAUCUCGGCGUGUUGUAGGCAGUGUACAAGUGACUCCAAGAAAGGAACAAUUGUGGACGGAAAUGGACGUAAAACUAGCGGGCAACGAGCUGAAAAUUGUCCAUUACAGAGCUGGUCCGGCUGGUCGGCUUGCAGCGCGACCUGUGGCAAUGGGAUGGAGACGCAGUCGGCUGUUGUUCUUCUGCCCACGUCGGAUAAUGACCGACGCUGUAUUCGACAGCAGCGCACAAGAAAGUGCCAUACAGGAGUGGAAUGUCCAAAUGAAAUCGAGUGCAGUGAAACACAAUGGUCGUCGUGGAGUGCCUGCUCGGCCACGUGUCGCGGUGGUAUGCGGCAUCGGAGUCGCGUUGUGCGCCGCGUCCCCAGCUCUGGCCUGGCUGACUGCAGUCAGGAGGUUGGGCAGUCGGCGUGCAAUACACGCACGUCGUGUAACAAGGCAUCGCCACCAAGUCGUAUAUCAGGGUUGGUGACGGGCACUAUCAACGGCAAGGCAGUAUCCGGUGGCCAGUACGCUGGUCAGUCGUCGGCAGAGCGUGGCACCGUGGCAACCAUGGGGGGAAUCCCCAAGUCUGUCAUACCCAGCAUCAGCCCACUCCUGCCCUUGCUUUGGCCCGUCUACUGGAUCAGCUUAAAGCUACCAUCGUCCGCGUCUGACCUGCCACACGGCUUUGGGUCUGGAUUCGAGCUCACCCAGGCGGAGUUCAGCGCCCAGGGCACAUUUGUGUUCCCGAGUUCGGAUGGCGCAGUGCUGUCCGUAACCUUCAAUGGUCAGGGGCUGGAUAGCUAUGGACAGGCAAGGAUUGAUAUGAAGGUGAACGGCACUGCUCCCGAGUUGGAGAGUGGCUCCGUGCGGAUAGGCACAUUCAAGGAGCACCACCGUUGGACGCGAGACCGCACUCUCGUCAUCUCCACCAGCAGCACAGCCACUGUCAGUGGCAAGCCCGUCAGCUUCACGUUCGCUUUGCAUGUGACGUCACCGCACUUCGGUACCGUCGACUUGAAUCAGGUUCUGAGCAAGGAGCUGGUGGUGACAGUUGGUGGUAUCCGCCAGUUCAACCGUGUUUCUGUUGGGCAGCUGUACUUCAUGAUGUCCACAUCGUCUAGAGUCAAGACCAGGUCAGUGCCCAUCGCACAGGCUGCAGGAGUAACAGCAGUAGCGGCUAAUGACGCGAUUCUCACCACACUAGCGCCUAUUAUCACAUCAGCCACAGAGAUAACAGAAGAGGCAGUGCACGCAGCUACAUCGCCUAGCUCACAGCAUGACAUUGUCACCGAGGAAGUGGGCAAUAAUAGUGACGACCUCCGGCAGCAAGAUGACAGCAAGAACAAUGAACUGGAACAGAAUGAGGGAGAUAAAGACAGCGUGAUUACCGUGCCCAUCACACAGAGUAUGAUCAAUGAUCCGGAACAUGCAGACAUUGGAACACCACAUGCAACUCCUAUUGGCAGCCAGACAGUGCCACAGCCCACUUCACCAAGGAGUACUGAAGCACAAUCGCCCCAUUCAGCAGUAACAACAGCUCGGUCGACAAUGCAGCCCACACCAGCCACAGCCAUACCAACUAAGGAUGUCGCUUCAACUGCGCCACUGUCACAGAAGGAGGAAUGCGAAAGGCUGCUGGUCACUCCAUGUCGAUACAAUGGCCGAUGUGUGCACACGACAAUGCCUGGUGGCAGAGCGGCACAGUGUAGCUGUGUCCACAUCGACUGUGCAGCCAGUGCCGGUAAGCAUCCGGAGAGUGCAGUGUGCGGUAGCGACGGCGUGACGUACAGUGGAAUGUGUCAGAUGACGCUCGCCAGCUGUCAGAAGCAGGUGGAGCUGACCGUUGCCAGUAAUACGCCUUGUCCUGAGCCACCGACCAUCUACAACCGGCCCGACGUGUACAUGCUAGUGAAGCACGGGAAACGGCUGAAUCUGAAGUGCAGAGCCCGGGGAUCACAGCCGAUGCGCGUGACGUGGAUCAAGGAUGGCCGGCCGGUCAAGAAGAACAAGCGCGUCACCAUCAACUCCAACCAUCGGCUGAGCAUCAAGAAAGUCCGCAAGACGGACGCUGGCCAGUACAUCUGCUUAGUGAUCAACAGGUACGGAAGAGAUCGAGCUGUCAUGACACUGGACGUUGCGGACAAAACAAAGAAGCAGAGGACAAAAACCACCACAUCUCCAACGUCGCGGACACUUCCCACAACAGUGCUAGGGUUGACGGCAAAGUCUGAAACUCAAGACGUCGGUAGAGAGCAAGCGAAACCAACGAUGACAGCGCCUGUCUCGGCGCAAACUGGUGUUGAUACCGUGUCAUUGAGUGGUACGAUAACACGCCAGGCUGCAGAUGAAAUCGCCUCACCAGCAACAGACAACAACCUGCAGCUAACAACAGCCACACACACAGCUGAAGCCAGUCCUGCACUUCACACACCGCUGGUAUCGGAGAGUGAGCCAAUCACUACCGAAUCACAGUCUGCGUUUAGCACGCCAGUCACCACGGUGGCACAGCUACCUAUCACACAGUCGGCUAUGUCACCGGAUUAUCUGGACAACACAGAACAAACUCAAAGUAACCCCACAGUCAGCGCAUUAUCAACAUCAUCAUUUGGUGCCUCCGGUGUGGCAUCCACUCAGUACUACAUAACCUCAGCACGCCAGCACAAGUCACCAACCAGCCAGCAACCACUCACAGCUAACCCUGUGCUAUCCUCUACCACCAAAGAGCUCCCUGUAGCAGAUGUAACGGAUGCAUUAGCAGCAAGUCAUCCUAAAACGUUUAUGAGCACGACAAAGUUAUCAGGAGGAACUUCUGCUCCGUACGUAACCACCUUGCCACAAACACCACACUCUAGUCUGCCAAAACCAGCUACUGAAGCAGUACAGACGGAUGCCGCACUAGCUACAGAAGAUGUACAGACGGAUGCUGCACUAGCUGCACCUGUCAGUCCUGAAGAUGUAGAGACAGGUGCGGUAUUAGCUACUGAAGCGGUACAGACGGAUGCUGCACUAACUACCGAACCUGUACAAACAGAUGUGGUACUACAGAAUACCAAAGUUGAGGUAGCAAGCUCAAGAGGCGCCAGUCCAACUACUCAGCUUAUGCCUGUGACGCAGUCUGCAGCAAAGCAGCCCAUUGCAAAGACUUCAGACAUGGACGUGUUAUCACACGCCAGCCUUGCAACAUCCCAUGUACUCUCAGAAACAACCCACGCACCAGCAGUCACGACACGUGUUCUAACAGAACCUCCCACACAGGCGAUGGCGGCACAAGAGAAACCAGUUACAGUUGACACAGUUGAAGCUGACAACCAGCUCCCAGUUCAAACCCCCGUGGGUGCACUAUCGGCAGCCAGUGCAACAGCAGCUACUCUGCAGCCGGGUACGGGUUCUGGUGUGGCUCCCAUCACAAGUACUGUUCCAAAUACACUCACCGGUAACGUAUUCAGCCCAUCGUCUGAUGCUAUCUUUGUCCAGGAAUUACCAACAGCCAAACAACUAGCAGUAACAACGAUGGCAGAGCAGCCAGUCACAGCCGAGCCACUAGUAGUAACAACUAUGACAGAGCAGCCAGUCACAGCCGAGACAUCCACACUGGAAACAGAGAUCGCUUCAGCUAGCAGCACGACUAUGGAAUCAGUCAUUGCACAGACAUCCCAGUUACCUACACACUUUGAUACGACUACACAGCGUGGUAGUGUUGACUCUCCCAGCUCUUCCACCGCUGCCUCUAUUCCCGCUGUAUCUGAUGUGCAGACUAUCAUCAAUGAUGUGGCUACAGCCAAAAAUGAUGCUGUCACCGUAGAAGUCACUCAAGACAGCCUGACACCUUCCACAGCAGAGCUGGUAUCAGAUUCAUUCAGUAGCAAAAGGCUGCCUACGACCACAAUUCACUCCACUUCUCCGCAAGGCACUUCAGCAUCCAACAGCGGGAUAACGAGCAUGCUUGUCGAGCCAACGACAGUUGAGAUGGUUGCGCCUGAGUUCACAGUGCGGCCAAGAAUGAUGAUGGCAAGACAAGGUGACACUGUCAUGUUCUUCUGCAAUGCCGACGGACACCCAACGCCAACGAUAACAUGGACUGGGCCUUCGGGCCUGGAGAACCCGGCAAAGCAUAGGUCAGGUCGCACCAUCACAUGGGACAACGGAGACAUUGAGUUUGAAAGUGUCCUGCCCACGGAUAGUGGUGUAUACACGUGCGUAGCCGAGAGCAUUGCUGGCCGGGUCGAAGCACAGACCGAGCUCAGAGUGUUCGUGCCGGCGAAAAUCUCCUCAGAAACACCAGAGAAUGUGAGCCUUCUAGAGGGCGACUCCAGGACUAUCCAGUGCAUUGUUGAAGGAGAUCCCGAGCCGGAGGUUGUCUGGGAGCUACCGGCACAUGCCAUCGGCAUCAGACACCACGUGCAAAUGACCGAUAGUGGAAAGCUGAGGAUCAAGCACGCCCGCACCUCGCUCAGUGGCGCCUAUACCUGCGUGGCAAGGAACAUGGCUGGUCAGGACCAGAAAACUAUACACAUUGGUGUCAUGAGGAACCGGGAACAGCCUACAUUCGAUAAAGUCCCGGAGAACAUCACGACCGUUGUCGGCAGCGCCAUUCAGAUUGAAUGUUCGGCAAGCAAUCGCAGUAGUCACAACACUAGCAUUGCUUGGUCGGGAGAGGCAGUGUCUCAUAUGCACUCACGGCCACACGUCCUCACUGGUCCCAUACUGCAGAUCAGCAAUGUCAGUUUUCAGCAUACUGGCUUGAUCACAUGCACCCUACAGAACCAGUAUGGCCAAGCAUCCGCAUCAGCCAGUAUCACUGUGCAAGCUAAGCCACUCAUUACUGCAUUGACGGACCGCAUCACUGCCGUAGCAGGUGAGAGCAGGGAUAUACAAUUCAGCGUCGACCUCGGAGUGCCUCGCGCAUCUUUGCGGUGCUAUCGCAAUGGUGAUCGGCUGGAGCAGGACACGCUGGUGACACGGCAUGACGGGAGACACAUUGCAAUUGUGGUGCGUAGCGUCAGUGCGCUAGACAGCGGAACAUAUCAGUGCACGCUACGCAGUGCAAUUGCAACAAGCAGCGCUAAUAUUACGCUGACCGUGCUUGAACCGCCUGUUGUCACUACAGCUCCGUUGAGUCAAGUUGUGGAAGUCGGGUCAGCAGCUUCUCUCUCCUGCACGGCAACUGGCCAUCCCGCACCUGCAGUAUCCUGGACCAUACACACACCCAGCGGGAAAGUGCUGCUGGACAGCCAUAGCAACCAUGGUAGCCGUGGUAACCAUGCCUCGCCUAGAGCUAUUCCUGGGCUGAGAACGUCGGCAAUUGUGCUGCAGAACGGGUCAUUGCUCCUCAGCAACACCGAUGGGUUCUUUCAUCACACAGUUCGCAGCGCCAUCAAUGACAUCACUGCUGAGAAUGGUGAUGUUGUCCCCACUGCAGAUGAUGUCAUUAGUGUGCAGCGUGUGAAAACACUGAAGGCGACUUGUCACGUGACCAACACCCUGGGCACUCGCCAUUCUGCUGCUACGUUAUCUGUGCAUGCUGCACCCACAGUAGCCGUUGGUCCGGUCAAAGCACGCAGCGUGGUCCUUGGAUCAUCGCUGACACUAACGUGUCGGGGUGCAGGCUCCCCGUUGCCCAUGGUUACGUGGGUACGGGAAGGCAGCAAUAUGGUGGUGCACUCAAGGCAGAUGGCAGUGCACAGGAAUGGUACGUUGACAAACUCCAUCACGCUAGACAACGUCACCGAGCACACUGCUGGCAUGUAUCAGUGUGUAGCCGAGAACAUCAAAGGAGUCAUGAAGAGCAGCAUACAAGUGGAGAUACAAGACACUAUACCGGAUAUCACCCAGCACUCCUCCAAUCAGACUCUGUUCCCAGAGAGCACUACAGUGCUGGACUGUGUUGCCAAGGGAUACCCGGCCCCAACGCUGUCAUGGAAACACAAUGGACGGCAUGUGACGAUGGAUUCGGAGUUCCUGACGAUCUUGAUCAACGGCAGCCUGCAGAUACGCAGUUUCCGAAGGUCACUUGCCGGUGUAUACACGUGCACUGCAGUCAACCGUGCAGGAAGUGUGCAUGCUCAGAUGCAUGUUACCUAUGCAGCCUUGGCCAGUGCAAGCAUCAUUGGACCGCGACGCGUUGUUCUACCUGUUGGCAGCAGCAUCACUAUGCAAUGUCGAGGAUCUGGCAUGCCACCGCCCACACUCAAGUGGCUCACACCUGGUGGACAUCCAGUGCACAGUAGCGAUGAUGUUAUCGCGGGCUCACCAAACAUGCAGGUGACAUCAUCGGUGAACUCUCUGGCACUGCAUAUUGACCACGCGCUGAAGUCACAGAGUGGCACUUAUACGUGUGUUGCUGUGAACCCAUACAGCGUAGCCAGAAAGCAUUUCAGCAUCACUGUCAAAGAUUUAACCAUCACGGAGCAUACUGAGGUGCGGUCUGCUCGGAUUGGCAGCAACGUGACUCUGAGCUGCUCAACCAGUGCUCAGUUUGCACCGCCAGUGAUGUGGUAUGCAGGCGGAGUGUUGCUGAACAGCUCCUCCUUGGCAGAGCAACAUGGACUAGUGAUGGAAGGGUACUCGGGCGGCAGAGGAAACAUCCAUGGCUCUCUCACAGUGGUUGAAAUUGACUACAGCAAGGACGGUAUGUACACAUGUUUGGUGGCCGGAAGCAGUGCAGCCGAGAUGGUUCGUCGCAAGUUCAACAUUUCAGCAGAGGGAGCUCCAAUUCUCCUCGGCAAUGCCACCCCAAACAGCAGCAGUAGCAGCAUUCGCUCAUACACAGCUAGUGUAGGUGAUCACGUAAUGCUUGACUGUGCCAUCAAGGCGAACCCCAGGGCUGCAGUUACAUGGCAUCAUGGCCAUGCCGUCUUGCGACUGCCGACAGUGGAUGUCACCCUCCUGGCGAAUGGAUCACUGCUGCUGCAGCGAAUCACCCCUACCAGCGCUGGUGUAUAUCGCUGCGUGGCCAGCAAUAUGUAUGGCAGUGUGGGUGCUCAGAUGCUGCUCAAAGUGACUGAACCCGUUCGCGCUGCCAUCGUCGGAGCAGCACAAACCUAUGUUGCUGGCCAGUCGGUACAUCUUCACUGCUCCACUACGGGCUUACCCAGACCAGCAGUCACCUGGAGGUACAGUGGCCGUGAUGCAUCCACCACUAGCGGAGUGCUCGUCAUCGGAUCACACCUGGUGAUUUUCAAUGUGUCCGCACAGCAGGCUGGCACGUACGAGUGCCAAGCAAGGAAUGAGAUUGAUACUGACCAGGCAUCCGUGAUGCUGAUUGUACUGAGUCCAGCGCGCAUUGUAUCCUGGGACUACUAUCAGAGCAUAUCGGUGUUGUCCGGGCGCUCUCUCACUCUGAACUGUGCCGCAAGCGGUGUACCAGCACCGACCGUGCAGUGGAUGCACAAUGGACAGCUAGCGGCAUCCCCACACAGUGGCAGCGGCGGCGGCAAUGCAGGGAACACUCUGACAAUCAUGUCGUCCAGCGCUGCUAGCGCUGGCGUGUACGUUUGCACGGCCAGAAACUCAGCCGGAGCCGACAGCAAGGCGGUGCAGGUUCUUGUCAAUAGUGCACCAGCAUUUCGUUUUCAGCCAGCUAACACUACAAUGCGCCUACCUGGACAGACAGGCACAGUCACACUGGAAUGCCCUGUCACUGGCAGUCCAAACCCAGCUGUCAUCUGGUUACAUAACGGCCUGGCACUCAGCAAUGUCCCUGGUCCCAGUAAGCCGGGCAACAGGGACAGCAGACGACUAUCGCUGACAGUGACCUCACACAAGCAGGCUGGUCGCUACACAUGCAUAGCAUACAAUGCUGUCGGUAUGGCGAUCAGUGUACAAUGGCUACAUAUCACUGAAACACCCACGGUCAGUUUGACCCCGUCCAGUACAUCUAUUGUAAUUGGAGGUCAUGUGACGCUUCAGUGCACUGCUACAGGACAUCCUGCACCACAGUUAGAUUGGUAUCUCAACCGUGUGCCCCUCAAGCAACUCCUACUGCCAACCAGCUACACCCUGUCAAGGGACCAAUCACAACUGACCCUACAGAACAUCAGUGAAGACCUCACCGGGCAAGUCACCUGCUCGGCUACUAACAAAGCUGGUAGAGGCGAGGCGCACAGCAUCCUCACCAUGCUGGACCUCAGUCCCAGCAUUGCGUCACUAGCUAAUAUCACUGUCAGCUCAGGGCAGGAACGUAUUCUGGUCAGUUGCCCAGCAUCGCCAGCUGAUGCUGAGAUAGAGUGGUACUUCCAGGACAGGCCGCUCACCUCCUCGCCGGCGAGGAGCACGGGUCAGGCGGCAUGGCAGAUAUUUAGCAAUGGCUCCCUACUGAUCUCCCCAGUGGCCCGGCCAUGGUGGAAUGGACGACUGAUGUGCAAGGCUAGAAAUGCUUUUGGAACGGCGUCCGCCGAGGCCUACAUUGAAGUGCAAGAUCAGCUUAUUGUGCUAGAAAGACCUCGCAAUCAGACCGUCUCACGUGGUGCCAGUGCUGUGUUCACUUGCUAUGCUGUGCAAGGCCCGCAUCCCUUGCCAGUCGUGUUCAAAGUGAAUGAUGACGUAAUUGUCCCAUCUACAACAUCAUCUAUGAUGUCAUACAGACUUGGAACACAGCCGGAUGGAUCUGUACAGCUGCAUGUGGAUACAUCGGCCACGAUGGAUAGUGUAAAUGUGACCUGCGAGACUGGUGGUCUUGUACUCCGUGCAGCCCUAUCUGUAACAGCUGUACCUGAGCCAGUGGGACAUAUUCACAUCUCGCCAUCAACACCACUCUACCCGGGCGGACAUGCCACGAUUGUGUGUACAACCGAGUCCAUGAAUACAGGCCAGUAUACAAGCGGCGGGGAGCAGAGAGUGCGGUGGUUGAAGGACGGCGUCCACAUGCCUCGCUUUGACUCAGUGCACUCGACCCAGGCUGACCGGGGAGCAAGCAUUGAAGUGUUUGCAUCAGACACUGCAGCUAGCACUAUGUACACCUGCCAGAUACGCGCGGUUGGCACGGUAACGAACAUCACACGAGAAGUCGUCACACAGGCCAAGCCGAAAUUCAAGAAGGUCUCCAGUUCGACCAUGCAAGUGGCCGCUGGCAAGAAAUCUCUGCUACUGUGCCGUGCUCAUAAGACAAUGGCUCACUUGCCAAUAGUCUGGACCCGACUGCCGGAGAACAGGACGAUUCUCACGACGCGAGACUCGCCAUUCUGGACCACGAAGAGCAAGGCGCUGCGCUUUCACAUGUCACGACAAAUGAGCGGCGUGUACAGGUGCACAAUGGACGGCGACGGCGUGCGUCUGUCCCAUGACAUGCUGGUAACACUACCUGGAGCUAAACACAAGCCAGUUCUCACUCGCACACCGGAAUCACAAAGCGUAGCUUCAGGGCAGACGGCCACGCUGCACUGUAAGGCAUUGGGCAUGCCGGCUGCACAGCUGAAAUGGCAGCACAAUGGGAUGGAGAUCACCAGCUCAGAUCAUGUGACCGUGUCACAUGACCGCAUUCGCAUCCACAAUGCUGAGGCGGGCAGUGCGGGUGAAUACGUGUGCAUUGCGUACAACUCAGCCGGCGUGACCAGUGCUGCGGCUACCCUUACAGUCAACACACAUGACGUGUGUAGGAGUUCAUUUGGCACAGUGACGGUGGGUGAAACUUGGACCAACGCAGAGAGCUGCAGUACAUGCGUAUGUCAGCGCGGUGGUGGUAUAGUGUGCAGUGUGAUGCAGUGCCCGCAUCUCAACUGCUCGUCUGCCGUACAACAGAAACCUGCGGGAUCAUGCUGUCCAGUUUGUGCAAGUUGCCCGGUGGACGCUACACACAGUCAGGCUGUACAGUGUGUGGAAGACCUAUGCACCGGGUCAACCUGUCCAGCCUACCCGGGUGCACGCUGCACGACUACACCCUGUGCUAGGCCUCACUGCAGGGCUGUACACACCAUGGCUGGGGUAGAGGUCAACUGCUCUCUGCCCGUAUCGUGCACGAUGGAUGAUGGUGGCUCCACACGGCCGGUUGGUGCAACAUGGUCAAACAGUCUGUGCACACAUCAGUGUCAGUGCAAGUUGGGUGGUAUCACUGUCUGCCAACCUCUCACAUGUCCCGUAUGUGAAUCGAAACCAUUGGUUGUGGCUGGUCAGUGCUGUCCUAUCUGCCAAGGUGGCUGGUCAUCCUGUCUGCUUGGUCCAUGGACCGAAUGGUCAGCAUGCAACUCAACCUGCGGCACGGGAUACAGAAGCAGACACCGACCAGUCAAGCCAUCAUCGACAGCACCCGCUGCUACUCAAGCAGCAACGGGGCCGUCAUCGAGCUCGCAGUCCUGUCGUGGCACGGUCUCUGAUACCAUGUCGUGUGUUGCUGUCGACUGCUCAGAAAAAGAUGUGUCUGGCUCUGCAUCUCCUGUAACCAAGACUAAAACAUUGACUACUAUGGCGACAGAGAAGCCAUACAUCGCCCAUACAAUAGAACCAAAGUUUGUCAUUCCUCCAGCAACGCCCAGUGCAGUCGAGUCACUUGUCACUGCUAUCUUCCACUCCUCACCAGCAGUACAAGUGGUAACCAGUGCUCAAUUUCUUGAGCCGCACAAACCCAACAUGGAAUCACGGCCAAACAACCCUGCAGUGGACACCAAUAUUGAAGAGGAUGAUCAACACAUACCCACUGGCCACAAUGUUGAGGUCAUAGCGCGACCAAAUGAAAUCAUAUCUGCAAUUACUGAAGGUGAUGGCAUCAUUACUCAGCCUAAUGACAUCAUAGACACGCGGCCCGAUGAUGUCAUUGUGCAGCCUAAUCCGUCAGUUGCUGCGGCCCCGGUUGUGCACACUACAACUAUCUACACUCCAGGCUCCAAUCCCACUGCCAAGUGCAAACGAAACGGACGGCGUCUCACAGUCAUCGCCUGGUACCAUGGCGAUAGUGAGCGGCGGACACCACUGCAAAUCAGCUCACAGCAGUUCUCUCUGACGCGAAAUAAGUCAUUGAAAGUGCGGCGGCUGGACAGAGAGAGCUCCGGCACCGUGUUCACAUGCCAGGGACGUGACAAUGCUGGCAGGGUGUACUUUGUCACCACUAGAUUUGUCGCGGCCAGGGAAUAGGGGCAUUGGGGUGAAUAGAGCCACAGAGCUAUAACCAAUUGAUCUGUGCAGGAAGCUAUCUAUACAGACACGAUGUGCAGUGUACACUGCAAGAUGUAUUCUAGGAGAGGUUGUACAUAUUCAAUGCUUGCUGGGCAGUGUGUAUGAACAAUACACUGUGCAGCUGCUAACCAGCCAGGACUGCAGGUAUCCAAUAAUUAUAGAUACGGGCUGAAACCACAGUAUCUCUGCAGUUCCUCAUGCGUCGGACUUGGGGUCUACUUUGCAUUGCCUUUCUUUCUUGAAGUACAUGAUCGUGUUUGCCUUGCUGGGUUUUUCGCCCACUUCUUCAACAGUUUCCACAGCUAAGAAUUAUACUAAUACUUCCGAGCAUUGAGACCCUGCUAUGAUUAUUGUACUCCUGUGCCAGAGUCAUUCAUUUUUCAGACAGGAUUAUACAGAUGAUGUCUCGGAAGACUUCCAUUUUGUUUUCAGAAAUUGCUACAUUUCUUCUAAUAUAUACACUCUUCAUACCGAAGUCUAUAUUGUACUGCAGCUGAAUUUAUCUGCAGUGCCUGAUAUACAAAACUAUCGACACGAUUCAUAAUAUAUUCAGAAACCGUGCAAUUUUUUUAUCAGCAGUUUCAUUUUACUCUGCUACGGAAAUUGUCCAAGUGCAUCAUUGUUUCUUCUAUCCAUGCAUUGAACCAUAUUCC